AUGUAUCAGACAUUCACAGGAAGUGCGCGCCGCCCGCGCCAGGUCAACCUCUCCGGCCGGCCUACGAACCCUUUCGCUGCAGCCUCGUCAGCGCCCACAUCCGGCUCACAGUCUGCGGUAGCCUCUGCUGAGAGGGAGAGGGCAGCACGACAACGGAAGCGAGAGGAACUCCAGGCCUCCGCCCGCAUUCAGAAGGUAUGGAGGGGUCACAGUGCAAGGCGGAGGACCUUUCGCGCGUGGCGGCAAAUCUGGGACGAACUGGAAGAGCAGGCUUCGGCAAAGCAGCAAAGAGGAGCAUAUGCGAACGCGGAAGAGAGUCUGACACAACUCCGGCGACUGCUGCUGUUCUUCCGGGGUCGGGAAGGUGGCGAUCGGAAACGACUGGGAUGGUAUGGCAUGCGGCAGAUGGCCACGGCGGAUGCGGUUCGAUGUGAAGGUGGACCUUGGCCGGAGGCUUACUUGAAGUUGGAGCGGGCAUGCAUUUCCUCGCUGAGGCUAAGGGAUGGCACGGACACGGAGACAGACCGGGUGACAUUAAUGACAUUGGCAUUUGCUGCGAGGAGGACAACUUUGCGUGAGAAGGAUGCCACGGAGUACUACGAUGCUCUGAUGGCGUUGAGGGAGGUACACGCAGAUGCUCUGCAAAACGCGCUGCUGGCGCCGUUGCAAAGCUCCCCCGAGGCUUAUGUGGGCCUUGCGGUAUUGCUAUCGAGACCUUUGGCCGUGGAUAUGAUGGACUUGCUCCGCGUCUCAAUCGAUUCUCCCACGCUGGUUAGCGCUCUGGCAUCCAUACAGGAGCAUCGACUUGGAGACACUGCCCGGGCUAGGCUUUGGCUGUUAGGCAACACAAUCUUUUUGGCGGCGACGACGCAAGCUAGUGACAGUUUUACGGCGAUAAUAUCCCGCUUGCUUGGUUCACUCGCCGACGAAGUUGACUUUGAAGGAACACCAAUCGACAUGGAAAAUGUGUCUUUCGACCAGGAUGUCCUACGGAAAGUCAGCAGCGGUCUUCCUCUCAACAAGUUCCUCGACAAACAGAUCAGCUCUCUUAUCAACCAGGAAUCUAUUCGGAACCUGCUCAUUCGCCAAAGUCCUCACACCUCAAACGGUACAAACCGGGUAGCGAACACCCAGCUCCUUGCCGGCUAUGCACUCACACUCCUUCGCUGCUUUCCACGAAAAGCAGAUGACAUCCGGAUGUGGCUCUAUCUUGGUCCUACAAACAAGCGAACCGAUGACCAAGCUUUGCCAGCAACGCAGUACUUCUGGUCAGCAGCGAGAUCCAGUUCUGUCUUUGGCACCAUAGAGCAGAACUCGCGCACCGUCUUGCCACUGAUCAAGACUCCCACUCCCACAGCUGAGAUGCGCGACGACUGGACUGUCAUUCUAGUUUUCCUGGAGCUCUAUACAUUUCUUCUGAAGAUCAUGGAUGAUGAGGAGUUUGUUGGAAGUGGGAGAAGACCAAGUGCUAUCCCCUUGACCAACGUGGCCGACCUGGUGACGUUUCUGAAGAACCUUGGAUUCGUCCUCUACUUCAAUGCUUCAGAUCUGAACAAUACAGACACUGCCUCAGCCGCCAAGGAUGGACAGGGCUCGAGCUUGAGCAGGCAUUUUGGCCACGGCACUCUUGUUGCAGGCAUGCCAAAGAAGGACGCCGAAAGUAAACCGUUGGUAGUCGCGGGUCUCUCAGGAUUGACGAUUGACUACCUCAAAGGCCUGGUGACCGGCCUGUUGCGAGCCAUCUAUGAGCGCGAUUCAAGACGACACUUCCUACCUGCAGACCACUGGCUUUUGACGAGCAGAUUCAACAUGGAGCAGUUCAUCCCAGGGGUUGUGGCUGAAGAGGAGUCUCGGCAUCAAGUCCAAGAACAGGACGACGAGGAUAAGGAUGACACCGCAGCCGACUCAGACGAUGAGCCUGCUGGCGGGAUAAUGUCUGGUGCUGGAGCUCGCGCCGGUGCACUUCGCUCGCAAGAGAAUCGAGCGCGAGCGCAACGGAAAGCGAGCCGUAAGCGUUAUCUCGAAUCGGUGGCGCCUCGUCUGGAGAUUCUUCAGAACAUGCCCUUCUUCAUUCCUUUCACUACCCGAGUGGAGAUCUUCCGCCAGUUUGUCGGCUUGGAUCAAGAAAAGCGACGGAAUGGCCACACCGAUCCCGACCUCUGGCGACAGAGCAUGUUUGUUCAGGCUACCCAACACGGCGUCGACCCGCGACAUAUGCUGGCACGGCACCACGCCAAGAUAAGACGGAAGAACGAAUUUGAUGAUGCUUUCAGAGAAUUCUAUGAUCUUGGAGCCUCGCUCAAAGAACCAAUCCAGAUCACUUUCGUUGACGAGUUCGACAUCGCCGAAGCAGGCAUUGACGGUGGCGGUGUCACGAAGGAGUUUCUGACUUCUGUCAUCAACCAAGCCUUCGAUGUUGAAAGUGACACCAUGCCAGAGAAGUUCUUUGUAGAGAACGACAAGCACCUGCUCUACCCUAACCCGACCGCUCUCGAGGAUCUCAAGCUUAAGUGGCAGUCCAUGGGCUUUCCCCAAAAUCACCCAGAAUCUCGGGCGGCUGUCAAGGAGCUACUGCAGCAGUAUGAGUUCCUGGGCAGAAUUAUCGGCAAGUGCUUGUACGAAGGCAUCCUGGUGGACGUCAAUUUCGCCGGCUUCUUCCUGAAGAAGUGGGCGCUCACGGGUGGCACGGGACAGGCGACGUUGGAAUCAGGUUACAGGGCAAACAUCAACGACUUGCGAGAUCUUGACGAGGGUCUUUACAAAGGCCUGCUGAGUCUGAAGAAUGCGCCUGCAGAUGAGGUCGAGAGCUUGGGCUUGACGUUCACCGUGGACGACAUGAUUGGGCCCGACGAGAAGAAACAAGUCGUCGAGCGAGAGCUCAUCCCCAACGGCGCCAACGAGCCUGUCACAGCACAGAACAGACUACUCUACAUCAACGCCAUCUCUCGCUACCGCUUGCAAGGCCAGAGCGCCGCGCAAACGAACGCCUUCCUCCGAGGUCUCGGCAGCAUCGUCCAGCCGAGCUGGCUCAACAUGUUCAACCAGUCCGAACUGCAGACUCUAAUCGGCGGGUCUGGCAGCGCUAUCGACGUCGCUGACCUCCGCCGCAACACCCUCUACGGCGGCACGUACGUCGUCGGAGACGAUGACGCAGAACACCCGAGCAUUCAGCUGUUCUGGAACGUGAUGGAGAAGCUCCCAGAUGCCGAUCGCAGGGCGGUGCUCAAGUUCGUUACGUCUACACCCAGAGGUCCGUUGCUUGGGUUUGAGUACCUGAAUCCGAGGUUCAGCAUCAGGGAUAGUGGGAGUGAUGAGGGGAGAUGGCCGAGCACGAGUACGUGUGUCAACCUGCUCAAGCUGCCGAUGUAUAGGUCGGAGGAGGUUAUGAAGAGUCGGCUUUUGGCGGCUGUCCGCAGUGGAGCUGGGUUCGACCUGAGUUAA